GCCCUGCCACUGCCCCUGCCAUCGCGUUGCCCAUAAUUUUUGUUCAAACUCCUGACACUGCCCCCCUUCUCCCCCGUCCUCUAUUAACUCACUCCCCCCUCCUUGCGACCGUCGGAGCCAUUGCUUGACCAGCUUGUUGAAUUUACCCCCCAAUGUGCCCCAGAGCGCACGGCGGCGCCGCGAUGGUGAGAGCGAGAGCGAGCAGUGCUGCUAGCGCGCACUCGUUUGCGGAGGAGGAGUACAUCGACCUGGAUCUCAGCUCCCACGGGGAGUACGAGUUUCGGGUGUGCCGGAGCAAACCGGCGGCGCCCUGCCCGUGCCCGGAUGAGCUUGUCCGGCGGGCCAGGCAGCACAAGGUCGCGCCGAGGCCGGGGGGCAAGCUGCUUGAUGCGGACGCCGGCGCCACAGGCGGCUGCGGCAGAAGGGGCACCGCCACGGUGGCGCCAUUGCAGCACUCCUCGCAUGCUCCACCGCACGCGGAGGGCUCCGGCCGGCGCAGGAAGCCCGGCAAGGCCAUGCAGGCGAGGCUGCAGGCGUCGCGGGCCUUCUUCCGGUCCCUGUUCGCCAGGACCUGGUGCUCCGACGACGGUGCUCGGUCCGGGAGCAGGGCCAGGCAUGACAAGGGCGUCGGUGUCAGCGGCAGGUCGGCAUUUGGGCUGAUCAAGAACAGCUACGUCAGCAGCCCGGCCCCGACGACGCUGAGGAGCAGCAUUGAGCGGGAGAAGCUGAUGGAAGAGGAGGAGCAGGUCCGGCAACGCAAGUCCUUCUCCGGCGUGAUCAAGUGGCGACCGACGACAGCGCCGUCGUCGGCGAGGAGGAACUCGUGCGGGAGCGCCCCGGCCCUGAAGAGGAGCAGCAGCUGCCGGUCGGAGUCGGAGGGGCUGAUCCAGGGCGCCAUCGCCUACUGCAAGCGGUCGCAGCAGCAGCGCGUGCUCCUCGCCAGGAAGAGCGUCAGCGACGCCGCCCUCUGCUCCUUCCCUGCCCUUUCCUAGUCCUCCUCCUGUAGCCCAAUUCCUUCCCGUCAGAGCUGUGUAGUACGUGUGCAUGAAAAAUGGCUGAUCAUAAUAUGAUAAUAAUGUGAAGUGUCUCUUUCAUUCUA